AUGAAAUUCACGGUUGUAUUCAUAACGCUAUGUGUCAUUUCGGCAACAAGUGGUAUCAAGACUUAUCCAGAAGAGCCCAAGGAUAAAAGGGAAGCUGGCGGGACUUAUCUACCACCCGGAGGUUCAUCUCACAAUUAUCCAUUGUCAUCUGGUGGCCAGGAAGAAGCUAGUGCUAUUAGUAUUGGAGCUGGCUACAGCGUGGGUGGAGCGAAACCUAGUUACAGCUACGUUGGUCAGGGACAAGGAUCUGGUGCUUCAUACCAACUACAAUCAGAAGGUCUACCAGCCAGCGGUCAUGCCACUAUUCAACUAGCGCCUAUAUCUUUGCAAGAAGGGCAAGCACAUGGUCUUGUUUCUAACGACCUAUCCCAGCUUAUGAGUCAGUUAUCUCACGGUCUUAACAGUGGAGCUAUCUCCAUACCACAAGGAGGUCACGAAGGAUUAUAUCAGUUUGUAGGUCAGAGUUCUCAUGGUGGACAAGAGGCAUCUCUACCUCAACUUUCCUACGGCAGUCCUAACUUGCAACAAUAUUCGCUAAGUGAACAAAGCCAGGGAGGAGCUCCAGCGUAUGCUUUUGGUUCCAAGGGUCUGGGAUCUUUAAGUUCUGCUACCGGUCCCGUACUUUUUUCACAAGGUGAAGGUGCUAAUCAAGGAUCUCACAGUUUUGCAGCCCCAAGUGGAGGUCAUUCUUAUGAAGGCGCUGGUUUAGCUAAUGGUGGAUCUGGACUCUCUUUCUCAGGUCUUUCCUUAGGAGGUUCUGGUCAUUCCUUCGGUGGAUCUGGACAAGGUCUCGGAGGCUCAGGAUAUUCUUUAGGUGCAUCUGUGCCAUCUUUGCAUUCUUUGUCUGGAUCUGGUCAUUCUCUUGGCGGGUCUGGUAAUUCCUUGGGAGGUUCCGCUUACUCCUUAAGUAAUGCUGGUGCUGGACACUCAUUUGGUGGUUCUUUGAAAGGUUACAGUGGCAACUAUGCUGCUCCAGGCAAAUCUAGCUUUAAGCCAUCCGCAUUUCUAGGUUCUUCUGUUCAGGGUGAUUCGGGCCAUGGUUUCUCUGGUCUUUCAGCAUCAUCUAUCUCAAACUACCAGCCAUCUUCAGGACACGGUCCUUCACUGAUCUCAGGCAACCAUGGAGCUAGUUUUGGAUCUUUGUCUGGUUAUAAUGGUGGUUCAUCUAAACUGGCACACUCAUACUUGCCACCUAAGUCAGAAGGUUUCGGUUCAAUUGAAUCUAUAGCUUCUGCAUUUUCUGCUAGUGGUCAAUUAUCUUCACCACCUCGUAACACGUACGGUAUUCCGUCAGCUUCACACUCUGCAAGCAGUGUCCACGCUGCCUCUGUUCCAAGCCCCGCCUAUUAUGUUAGUGCUGCCAAACAUUCUUCUCCCAGUUUUGGAUCAGGAAGUUCAUUUAGAGGCCCAUUAGCAAGCCACAGCUCAUUCAGCUCUCAUUCCUCAUCCCCUAAAUAUAGUUUUGGAGGUCACGGCAGCUCUCGCUAUGUACCAUCCCAUGAUGCUCAAGGCUCGUACAGUGAAAACACUUAUAACACAAUCAAAUACAGCGAAGAGCUCAAACCUCGCCAUAACUAA